GACCCUGCCGGCAUAUUCGAACUGGUGGAGGUGGUCGGAAACGGGACAUAUGGACAGGUCUACAAGGGCCGCCAUGUCAAGACAGGGCAGCUGGCAGCCAUCAAAGUCAUGGACGUCACCGAGGACGAGGAGGAGGAAAUCAAGCAGGAGAUCAACAUGCUGAAGAAAUACUCCCACCACCGCAACAUCGCCACCUACUACGGCGCCUUUAUCAAGAAGAGCCCGGCCGGGAACGACGACCAGCUGUGGCUGGUGAUGGAGUUCUGCGGGGCCGGCUCCGUCACGGACCUGGUCAAGAACACAAAGGGCAACGCGCUGAAGGAGGACUGCAUCGCCUACAUCUGCAGGGAGAUCCUGCGGGGCCUGGCUCACCUCCACGCCCACAAGGUGAUCCACCGGGACAUCAAAGGGCAGAACGUGCUGCUGACGGAGAACGCCGAGGUGAAGCUGGUGGAUUUUGGGGUGAGCGCCCAGCUGGACCGGACGGUGGGGCGCAGGAAUACCUUCAUCGGCACCCCCUACUGGAUGGCCCCCGAGGUGAUCGCCUGUGAUGAGAACCCCGACGCCACCUACGACUACAGGAGCGACAUCUGGUCCCUGGGCAUCACUGCUAUCGAGAUGGCUGAGGGAGCACCACCUCUGUGCGACAUGCACCCGAUGCGAGCGCUCUUCCUCAUCCCCCGCAACCCACCGCCCAAGCUCAAGUCCAAGAAAUGGUCCAAGAAAUUCAUCGACUUCAUAGACACCUGCCUGAUCAAAGCCUACAUGAGCCGUCCGCCCACAGAGCAGCUGCUGAAAUUCCCCUUCAUCCGUGACCAGCCCACAGAGCGCCAGGUCCGCAUCCAGCUCAAGGACCACAUCGACCGCUCCCGGAAGAAGAGAGGAGAGAAGGAUGAGACGGAGUACGAGUACAGCGGCAGCGAGGAGGAGGACGACAGCCACGGGGAGGAAGGGGAGCCCAGCUCCAUCAUGAACGUGCCGGGCGAGUCGACGCUGCGGCGGGAGUUCCUGCGCCUGCAGCAGGAGAACAAGAGCCACUCGGAGGCGGCGCUGAAGCACCAGCAGCAGCUGGCGGCCCAGCACCGCGACUCCGAGGCCCACAUCAAACAGCUGCUGCACGAGCGCCAGCGCCGCAUCGAGGAGCAGAAGGAGGAGCGCCGGCGCGUGGAGGAGCAGCAGCGGCGGGAGCGGGAGCAGCGGAAGCUGCAGGAGAAGGAGCAGCGGCGGCUGGAGGACGUGCAGGUGCUGCGGCGGGAGGAGGAGCGCAGGCAGGCUGAGCGCGAGCAGGAGUACAAGCGGAAGCAGCUGGAGGAGCAGAGGCAGUCGGAGCGGCUCCAGCGCCAGCUGCAGCAGGAACACGCCUACCUUAAGUCCCUGCAGCAGCAGCAGCAGCUCCAGAAGCAGCAGCCGGGGGCGCCGGCGAGCGAGAAGAAACCGCUCUACCACUACAGCCGCAGCGCCGCCCACAGCGCCGACAAGCCCGCCUGGGCCCGUGAGGUGGAGGAGCGGACGCGGCUGAAUAAGCAGAACUCCCCGGCGGCGCAGACCAAGCUGGGCAGCACCGUGUCCGACCCGGCCCUGCAGACGCGCUCGGAGUCCGUGGCCCUGGGCUCUGGCAGCGCGGCCGAGAGCCCCCCCAUGCAGCGCCCCGUCGAGCCACAGGAGGGGCAGCACAAGAGCCACCUGGCGCACCGCGUCCCGCUGAAGCCCUACGCUGCGCCGGUGCCGCGCUCCCAGUCCCUGCAGGACCAGCCCACCAAGAACGUGGCGGCUUUCCCGGUGCAGGACCCGGCGCCGCCCCGCGCCCCCAUGAUCCGCCAGAACUCAGACCCCACCUCGGAGACCCCCGCCCCGCCCGCCCGGCCCAGCCCCGCCGACCCGCGGGGGCCCUGGGGCCGCACCGAGCUCGAGGCCCCGCCCAAGGUGCCCCAGCGAACGUCGUCCAUCGCCACCACGCUCAACGCCAGCGGGGCCGGGGGCGGCGCCCGGCAGGGCCAUGCCGUCAGAGCCAGACCCCGUAGCAAGUCGGCCUGGCACAUCCACAUGCACUGCCGGCCGGAGAGGGUGCAGCCCGCGGCCCCCCCUCCCCAGCCGCCCAGGCGGGGGCAGCGCCGGGCCCCGGCCCCCAUACCAAGCACCAGUAGCAACCCGGACCUGCGGCGCAGCGACCCCGGCUGGGAGCGAGCCGACAGCCUGCUGCAGGCGGGCAGCGCCAACCUGCCCCAAGCCGGCUCCCUGGAGCGCAACCGCAUAGGGGCCGCGUCCAAGAGGGAGAGCUCCCCCAUCCUGCCCCCGGUGAGCAAGCCCAAGGCGGAGGAUCACCGCUCGCGCCCCGGCCGGCCCGCGAGCUAUAAACGCGCCAUCGGCGAGAACUUUGUGCUGCUGAAGGAGCGGCCUGAGGAGCCUCCCAAGCCCCCCAAGAAGGCCAUGGACUAUUCCUCCUCCAGCGAGGAGCCGGACAGCAGCGAGGAGGAGGACGAUGAGGCCGAGGGGGAGCCGCAGGACAGGGCAGGGGAGCCUGCCGGGGCCAGGCCAAGCGGGGACGGCGACACGGACAGCGUCAGCACCAUGGUGGUGCAUGAGGUGGAAGAGCCGUCGGGCAGCGGGUCGGAGAGCGGCUCCUACGGUGGGGAUGGCACCAUGCUGGUCCAGCGGACCCCCGAGGAGGAGCGCAGCCGGCUCCACGCCGACAGCAACGGCUACACCAACCUGCCGGACGUGGUGCAGCCCAGCCACUCGCCCACCGAGCCCAAGGGCCAGGGCUCCCCCGCCAAGGACAGCGUCGGAGACUACCAGUCGCGAGGGCUGGUUAAGGCCCCUGGCAAAAGCUCCUUCACCAUGUUCGUGGACCUGGGCAUCUACCAGACCACGGGCAGCGGGGACACCGUCCCCAUCACCGCGCUGGUGGGGGCCGACCCCAGGCAGCUGGAGCAGCUGCAGCUGGAGGUGCGCAAGGGCUCGGUGGUGAACGUGAACCCCACAAACACGCGGCCCCACAGCGACACCCCCGAGAUCCGCAAGUACAAGAAGCGUUUCAACUCGGAGAUCCUGUGCGCUGCCCUGUGGGGGGUGAACCUGCUGGUGGGGACGGAGAACGGGCUGAUGCUGCUGGAUCGCAGCGGGCAGGGCCGGGUCUACGGGCUGAUCAGCCGCCGCCGCUUCCAGCAGAUGGACGUGCUGGAGGGACUCAACCUGCUGACCACCAUCUCGGGGAAGAGAAACAAGCUGCGGGUCUAUUACCUGUCCUGGCUGCGCAACAAGAUCCUGCACAACGACCCCGAGGUGGAGAAGAAGCAGGGCUGGACCACCGUGGGCGACAUGGAGGGCUGCGUGCACUACCGCGUGGUAAAGUACGAGCGUAUCAAGUUCCUGGUGAUCGCCCUGAAGAACUCGGUUGAGGUCUACGCCUGGGCCCCCAAACCCUACCACAAGUUCAUGGCCUUCAAGUCCUUCGCAGACCUGCCGCACCGGCCGCUGCUAGUGGAGCUGACAGUGGAGGAGGGUCAGAGGUUAAAGGUCAUUUAUGGGUCGUGCGCCGGAUUCCACGCCAUUGACGUGGACUCAGGAAACAACUACGACAUCUACAUCCCCGUGCACAUCCAGACGCACGUCACGCCCCACGCCAUCAUCUUCCUGCCCCACACGGAGGGGAUGGAGAUGCUGCUCUGCUACGAGGACGAGGGCGUCUACGUCAACACCUACGGGCGCAUCAUCAAGGACGUGGUGCUGCAGUGGGGGGAGAUGCCCACUUCCGUGGCGUACAUCUGCUCCAACCAGAUCAUGGGCUGGGGUGAGAAGGCCAUCGAGAUCCGCUCCGUGGAGACGGGGCACCUGGACGGGGUUUUCAUGCACAAGCGGGCCCAGCGCCUCAAGUUCCUGUGCGAGCGCAACGACAAGGUUUUCUUCGCCUCCGUCCGCUCGGGGGGCAGCAGCCAGGUUUACUUCAUGACACUCAACAGAAACUGUAUCAUGAACUGGUAAGCCCCGCCCCCAGCGCUGGCCCCGCCCCCAGCGCUGGCCCCGCCUCUGGAGGGAAGGGGCGGGGCCGCCUCAGACACUGGAUCCCUAUGCCAGAGGCUCCGCCCCCACCGCCAGCGAGGAUCAGGACCGACCAAUCAGCAGAACCGAUGCCUUGACCACCUUCCCCCUCACCUGUGUCUGAUGCUGCUUGGAGGGGGGCCCUCUCCAUGGUGACAGUGUCCCCCCCCUUUGACUGACAACUGACUGACUGCCCCCCCGCUUCGCUCGCCGCUCCCCUGACUCCGUGUGGACCUGCUCUGUUCAUAGCCUGACCGAAAUCUCCAUGUCGGGCCGGGGGACCCCGGGUAAACAGCCACCCCACCCCAGAGGUGGGCGCAUCUCAGCGCCGGGCCAGGGGACCCCAGGUAACCAGCCACCCCGCCCCAGAGGUGGGCGCAUCUCAGCGCCGGGCCAGGGGACCCCGGGUAACCAGCCACCC